GCCGCGACUUACAUAACCUGAAACCCAACUUACCUCGCCGGCGGCGAAAGCACUGACCUCACGCCUGAACCCUAAAGUCGACCGCCUGGAAAAUCUCGCGCCUUUUGCCUUGACAGGUUUAGGCGAUCUUCCCUUCGCCGGAGAUCGCCUUGGUCGCGCUUUGAAUUUCAACUUCGCAGUGAAGCAGCUGAUUCCAGGAACCAAUGAUGUCCUUUGAAAUGAAUGACCGAAAAAAAAUUGGGUUAGGGCUUACAGGAUUUGGCGUAUUUUUCUCGUUUUUGGGGAUGAUCUUGAUGUUUGAUAAGGGUUUACUUGCCAUGGGAAAUAUUCUUUUCGUCUCUGGAGUUAGUUUAACCAUUGGCCUCAAGUCUACAAUGCAGUUUUUCAUGAAGCGUCAAAACUAUAAGGGAACCAUUUCUUUUGGGGCUGGCUUCUUCUUUGUAGUGAUUGGAUGGCCUAUACUUGGAAUGAUGCUCGAGACCUAUGGCUUCUUUGUACUCUUCAGUGGCUUCUGGCCAACCUUGGCAGUUUUUGCUCAAAAGAUACCUGUUCUCAGUUGGAUCAUUCAGCAACCAUAUAUAAGAUCGUUCUUUGACAAGUACCGAGGCAAGCGUGUGCCCGUCUAGUCCCUUGCCUAACUCAGAGAGAGAAUUCACUCACCUGAGGUAGAUGCAGCCGAACAAGCAAUUGAAAUCUUUCGAAGAAGAAGUUGGUAUGCUUGUCGACAACUGUAAAAAACUAAACCCAUAGGAGGAGAAAGAAAUUAGCAUUGGAGAAAAACAUACCACUUGAAGCUGUGUGUGUCUUCUUUGUAGUUGAAGAUAAACUCAGUGAGAUAAACCUCUUGAUGGGUUUGUAAUCAUUUUGGAUUAGACUCAUUAGAACAAUUGAUCAUUUUGAAUACAUAAAAAGCUCAACACAGUAAUGAGUUUGUGAAUAUUG